GUCAACAGAUCUGCAUGUUCUAAUGCCAGACAGGGGCCAAGAAAACAAUACAAUGCAUUCAAGGAUUUUCAUGACAGUGAGACAACAGCUCACAUUUUAGCUGCUUGGAUGCAAUUCACUGGAAUGAAUGACAUAGAAGGUUUCAGGAAAUUAUUUGUCUAUCAUUUGUUUUAUUAAUUUAUGUGUUUUGAUCACUGGGCUCUAAUUAGCCUCAAGCCAGUCAAUUAUUUUAUUAGUUAUAAAAGAAAAAGAAAAAAGUGGUCAGUGCCGAGGCCAUCUUGACGUUAAGACAUUUAAUGUUAGUUAAUGUUUUUGUACUAUAAAUAAGUUAAAGAUUGUAUUGUAUAAAUUUUUCAUUAGUUAUCAUGUUUGAGAGGAUUUCAGGAUUCUUAAGUUCUAUACUAUGAAGGCAAUGAAAGGAACUUACGUGAGAGAGAUUAUUUUCGACUGUCUGUUUAUAAUGACUUUCUGCAAAGUAAUGACCACAUUUCUCUUGUUCAGACUCUCUGCAGCUGCGAGACAUACCAGAUGAAUUAGUAUUAUUACAAUGGAGUGAAGGAAAAAAAACAACCAUGGCUUUUUGGUGAAAUUAAAACAUUUUUAGAACAGUACGUGUUUCAGCACACAUCUGACAAACUUCAGGCACUCAGUGUUGAUGUCAGUCAACUAGAUGAACUUGAUCGAAAUGGAUACCUAUGCAGGCAAUGUGGCCAGAGGUUCAACUAA